AUGGACAAGAUCAAGGAGCGUAUGAACGCCCUCCGUUUGGAGGCCGACGAGGCCCACGAACAGGUUGAGGAGCUCAAGACCAAGGUCAAGACCCUGGAGCAGGAGAACCUGUCCAAGGAGCAGGAGAUCACAUCCCUCAACCACCGCAACCAGCUCCUUGAGGAGGAGGUCGAGAAGCUCGAGUCUUCCGUCAAGGAAGCCAAGAGUGCCGCCGACCAGAGUGCCCAGCACGAUACCCAGAACGAGGCCCUCCAGCGGCGUGUGCAGCUCCUCGAAGAGGAGGCCGAGGAGAACGACCGGACUCUCCGUGAGACAAACGAGAAGCUCCGUCAAACCGACGUCAAGGCCGGCCACUACGAGCGCAAAGUGCAGGCUCUCGAAACGGAGCGUGACCAGUGGGAGGCCAAGUACGAGGAGAUGGCCAAGAAGCACGCCGAGUUGCAGAAGGAUCUGCACGAGCUCGAGGUUUCCAUCAGCAACGUCUAA